AUGUCUUCAUCAGACGAUGCCGCGUCGCGCGCGCGGAUCAUGAAAGACAGGUUGGACUCACCAAAGAUCCAUGCUACCAUCGAGAAGUGCGUGGGACGCGGACUUUCGGCGGCUGAUAAGCGGUUGACUGGGAGUGUGGUGCGUCAAGUGAAGCUGGAAGCCGAGCACGACGCUCUCAUACAAGAGGCAGCAAAGACCAAGCCCUUCCGACUCCUCGACCUUCCCGCCGAGCUCUGGAGCAAGAUUGGCAAGCUCGCUAUCAUCGACUCACCGGCCUUCUCCACGCACGUUCCACCGAAGCCUCCAGGGAGAUUCAGCUGGACAUGUGCAUCCCCCGCCAUCACGCGGCAACAAGCUGAACAACCCGCAAUAACUCGAACGUGCAAGGCACUGCGCGCCGAGCUUCUCCCCCUUUACUACAAGACCAAGAUCGACGUUACACUUCACCGCGAUGUCAUCCAGUUCGCGCGGGCUGGAGAAUGGUUGAAUGCGAUUGGUGCACGCAACAGACGUGCGAUACGUGGGUUGAGGGUGCAGACUGAGUGUUGUCCGUGGAGCUGUGACGAGAUGGAGGACAGAGACGGAUUGGAGUGGAAGAUUGAGGGGAUGUGGAAGGUACCGGAGAGGGAAAGGGGGGUAGUCAGGUGGGACUUGUCCUUUUCGCCCGUCUACUUCGCUCCGCCUAUGUGCUCAACCGCAGAGACGAUGAACACACAUAAAUAUACCCAUCCCAACCCCUCCACCCUCGACAAUCACCCCAGGCUAGAUGGCGCAGUCGGCAGAGCCCUGAGUUGGGUACUACCUGCCCCAUCGACCCGACACGUUCAAGGUUGA